UGUAACUAACUUGUUCGCGGUUUUUUCCCAAAUCUGAAGCCACGCUGCCGCUGACCUCACACCCCUCCCACACACUGGGAAUGGGCAGUUUUGGGAAUGACCUGUCUUGACCCUCCAUCCACCUACUGAUGGAGAUGAAUGACAUCAACAUGCAGAGCGAUAACUGUGACCCAGACAGGCCCGCUCAUCCAGGGGUUUUCCCAAACCGCGAGGCCGGGAAGAGCGACCACAAACCGGCGGAACGCAGCGUGGACUUCCCGGUGUCUGUGGUUCUUCCUGCCGGCGGCACCGGAGAGAGAACCGGACUGCAGACACCCAAACAGUUCUGCUCGUUCCUGGGCAGACCGCUCAUAAGCUACACUAUCCAGGCUUUUGAGAGGGUGUCGUGGAUCCAGAGCAUCGUGGUUGUGGUUGCCAAAGAAAACACAGACCUGAUGACUGACAUCAUCCAGCGCUUCCAGCACAGGAAGGUUCGAACGGUGACGGGCGGCUCGACUCGUCACCGGUCGAUAUGCAACGGGGUCCUGGCUCUGGGCUCCGGGUGGGAAGAGGAGGAGGAGGAGGAGGAGGGGGGGUCGACGGCGGAGAGGCCGAAGGUGGUCAUCAUCCACGAUGCGGUGCGGCCUUUUGUGGAGGAGGACUUUCUGUACAAGAUAGCCGUGGCUGCCAAGGAACAAGGGGCGGCGGGAGCCAUCCGACCGCUUGUUUCCACGGUGAUCGCCACCACAUCAGAGGGCUACCUGGAUCAUUCUCUGGAGCGUGCCAAGUACAGAGCCAGCGAGAUGCCUCAGGGCUUCACGUACGAUGUCAUCCAUCAAGCCUAUCAGAGCUGCAGUGAGUCAGACUUUGAGUUUGGCACCGAGUGUCUCCAUCUGGCUCUGCAGUACUGCGGCACCAAUGCCAAGCUCAUCGAGGGUCCGCCAACAUUGUGGAAGGUAACCUACAAACGGGAUUUGGCUGCAGCAGAGUCCAUUAUCAAAGAGGCUCUAUCACGGACGGCCUGCGUUCUCACAGGUGGAUCCGCACAAGCCGUGACGCUGGCUGAUGCCCUCCAGAAGGCUGUCGGAGCUCUGGAAAUGGAGCUGGACGUCAUCCCAGAUCUGACGGGAGACAACGCCAGGUAUCUGCUAAAGGAGUGGAACUUCAUCCAGGUUUCUGUCAAUCGUUCUUGCCUGUCUGAAGUGAACACCAUGCUGGCGGCUUUGGAGGCGGCGAAUCGAGCUCUUCUCCACCCACUGGUUGUCAUUUUGGUGCAUUUGAGCACUUCGGAUGAGCUGUCCGUCAGUGGGAAGAUGGCAGAGCCCGCGGCAAUCAUGGAGCUGGCCUCAGCAGCCAAGCUCCGAAAUAUUCUCCUCUACGGUGUCCAGCUUCAGCAGUCAAAGGACACCGAGCGUUGGGAGAGGUCGGUGUCGAGGGUCGCUGAGAUUACGUCAUCCUUGAUCAGGGAAAGAAGCUCCGCCCUGGUGGGACAGCUUCUUCAGGCAUGAAGGGGACGCCACACCAACAGAAUAUCCACACAGCGUUGCUCAUGAACACUACUCAGAUGAAGUUUGUGCCUGCUGCUGCUGCUGAUGCUGCUGCUGACCAGGGAACAGUAUUUUUCCUGCUCCUAAUCCAUCUCAUUAUCAAUAACAGCAAAGUUAAAGGGAUACUCCUGAGAUUUAACACUGCAAGAGACAGAUUUAUGCUUAUGAGACAAAAUGCAAGUAAUUUCUUUCAUCAAACCCUCUCCGACUGCUCCACAACCCACAUCUUUCAAGCUCCACAUCCCCCAGUUUGCAAGAUCAACAGAACACUUUAAAUAACUGUUUUCAAAGGCCGACCGUGACCACUAAAUUGACUUUGACAUGUGGUGUCCCUUUAAUUAUUACCUGCCAGCCAUUUUUUAUUGUGGCAGUGAAAGGUUAAGCUAGUCUUUACUCUAAUAAACCGCAACUCAGAGGCAGUGUUAUACAUUAAAAAAUAUGUUUGCUUGAUAAAUUGUGGCUGUUGUUUUCUGGGUUGAAUCUGUGGUUAAUAAAAGAGAAAGUUGCUUCUCUUCACCAGAAUAGUUGGAAAGACCUCCCAGUAUCUGCAGUCAUGUAAUAAACAGGGAUUUAUAUGGGAUGAUAAAAGUGAAAAAUAAUUUACACAUCAAAAAUAUGUUGACUGAACGUAUUCCAAAGCUGCUGCAUGUGAUUUUUGUUUGUUUGUUUGUUUGUUUUUACAUCAAAUUAGUUCUGCAGUGUUUUUCAGACAUGAAAGGCCUGCAGUUAUGUGUUGGAUCUGAAUCUUUCUCUCUCUCUCUGGCGACUCCUUGUGGUUGCAUAAAUAAAGACACUUUAGCAGAAAGAACUGAACACUACAAGAAGCACAUACAGUGAAUUUCACCUGAAUUAUCUACAUUUUCUACAACUUAUGGGAAUCAUUUGAAAGAUUAUACAAUCAUGUAAAAAAUCUUUGCAUUAAAAUGACUCAAGAGACUAAAACUUGAAGAUGUGAUGUUAUUUCAGGACAAAUUGAGCAAAAGUUUUCACAGUUUUUUGAUGGUGAAACACAUCACUUCCAGUAGAUUUGUCCUCUUCAGUACAGCACAAUUUGACAGACAGCCGGCCAAACAGUAUAGCACCCUCUCCCCAACACCCCCCAAUACUCCCCAAAUUAGAUGAGGUGUGACGUACUAAACAUCAAUAAGUCAAGUGAGUGAUGGAGGAGAGUUUGGGCAUUAAUGUUAUGACAGUUGGACUCAUGGCCUUGUCUUUACUACUGGAAAAUGCAGUUGACUGAAACACAAAUAAGACUGAACUUAUAUUUUUUGUACUCCACUGAAACUGCUUAUUUAAACAAUAAAUGUGACAUAAUAAAGAUUUUUUUUU